AUGGAUCAUUGGACUGAAUUAAUAAAUCGUGAGUAUGGAGCUGGAGCAGACGAAGGUAAGGAAGAUGGAACGACUUCGACCAUGGACGGUGCAGAGGGCAAAGUGGAUGAGGAAACACAACAACCAAGUACAUUCGUCCCGCUAAACCUCCAAAAUCUGUACGUCGAGAUACGAAGCGACGAAGGGUUUUAA